ACCUAUUAUUAAGUCAAAUAAUAAACUAAAAUAGACUGUUUAAAUGUACGUACUUUUUGUUCCAAGUGCAGAUAGUUUCUACAUUUUUAGUUUGAAUUUUACUGUCUGCUCACUUCCGCAAAUUUAGUCAAAACUAAGAUGGUCAAGCGGACCGGGGUCCUAAAUUGGGUCCUCGAGAAUAGUAAACACUAACGUUACUGGUUAGCAAGCUGGAACAAGCUAUAAAUUAACAGUGACUGCGGUUUAAGGUUAAUUAGAUCAUGGAAGACAGUGAACUGGAAAGAAAAGCAGUGGAGGAGCUCCUUAAAGAAGCGAACAGAGCAAAAGCCCGUGUCGAGACAAUGGGUCCUGCUGGAUGGAUGAAAUGUCCACUGGGAAGCACAAACAAGCGCUUUCUCCUCAACACUCUUCGUUCCUCUGCCCUGACGCGCCAACCAACAAAUCCACGCACAUCUGAAAGAGGAGGAGAUGAACAUAGGUACAACAGAGCUUGUGAAAAACAUCGUAACACAGACUGUGAAAAAUGCAAACACAAAAAAGACAGCUCACACAGAAGACACUACUCUGAUUCCCAUUCUCACACUUCAAAACGCCACUCUUCCUCACGCAGUCAUUCAUCAUCCCGAAGCCACUCCCCUUCCAUCUCUCGGACGUCAAAUAGGACUCGAUCUCGCUCACCAGCGAGGGACAGUUCUCCAGAUGUCAAAAAAUACACUGACAAAAGAAAAAAAUGAGGCACCUUUGGGGAUUUUUAUUUUUUUUAUUUGUUAGCAUAUCAGUCUAAAUAGUUUCAUUAUCUAAAAUGAAGCCAUUAUUCUAAUGUCAAUUUUCUUUUAUUUUGCUGAACAAGUCAAAUUAAAACUGCUGUGUAAAAUCGAUAUUUUAUAAACCCGGUUACUGGAGCGUUUUCAUACAAUCAAAAUAAUAACUUAAACUUAAUUUAAUAGAGGGCACAAUUUCCCUCCAAUAAAUUUGUUUAGCACCAACUAAAAAUAAAACUUUUUACACAGUUUAAUGUAGUUGAGUUGGUCCAAUAUGAUUUGACCAAAUAAAAGUUUAAAUACAUUUGUAUUUUUAUUUAAUUUGAACUCAAAGGUCUAAUAAGACUAUGUAUAUCUUUUAUGUGUCAUACAUUUUGAAGUCUCUUAGUUUUUUUUACAGUUAUCCUAAAUUAAUUAAAAGAGCCAUUUUAAGCACAUUUCAUGAGUUACAUAUACAGUUGAUUGAGACUGAUCUCAGAACUAAUUUUAGGACAGUUAUUACUCACUGAGCAAAGCAACAAACUGCAUUUUUGAUUAUUAAGCUCCCAACACCCAAAGCAUGGGUGCUUUUUGUGUUAAUCUCAAACCUUAAAGCAUUACAUGAAAAUCUUCUAAAUCUUCAAACUAAAGUAAAGAUUAAACUCUAAAAAGUAUUUCUAUUAACUUUAAACAUCUACUUUUAUUGUCAACAUUUCCCACUCUUAAUUCAAUCCCAUGCACGCAAAGCAUGCUGGAAACUACAAAUACCCUAACCAUGUAGUUGGACCAACACAAUUCCUUUAUUUUGUCCCAAGGCAAAACGCUCAAGUUAACUUAAUGGUUUACAAAUUAAGUGCACUGAACAUUAAACAAAUAAAUUGGCCAAAGAAAUUACAGGAAUUGUGUUGUUUCAGCUCAUUUUAAACUGGUAGUUUGGACAAGCAGCAGUAAUAAUUUUUUGUGUACAUUGUUUUGUGAAUGGUGACAUUUCUUUGUCUGUCGGUAUAAAUAUGUAGAUGGAUGGAUAAAUCAAUUUUAAACGUAAUCAGCAAUAAACGUAAUUAUCAUACAGUAAUUACUUCGGCAUAUGUGAGCAAUAUAUUCUAGUUUGUCAGUCUUUAUUAUGGAAUAUCUGUUUCAAAUUAACGUUUGUGCAAUAAACACUAGUGUCUGUCUGUGG